CGCUGGUACGCUGUGAAAAAAAACGCUAUUGGAAUAAUGAAUAUCAGGGCUAAGAGGCGUUGCACUGGUAACAACGAAAGCUUCUCUGUUUGUGAACAGAAAAGCAAAAGUCAGAUCUUCAGACAGUUUAGCUUUCAUUGCAUGUACUAAACUAACGCAUAUUGCUGUGCGGAGCUGUGUAAUUUUCAUUCAUUUUUGCCCCCACUACACAAGAUCUAUAUAGGCUCAGUUUCCGUUUUGUCUGAUGGGCAGUGACUGUUAGAUAAGAAAGAUGUCGACUGGCUUGACUGAUACAAGGAAAAAUUUCAUCCUCACGACAACAGGAAACUAUUUUGGACUCCAGCCAUCAGAUCCUGUCAUAUCUCCACUGUGUGACAGCAAGGAACUUAACUGUUUUUUAGAUGAUGGCAAUGAAUUUGUGCUCUCGAUUCUUAAAUCUGGGAAGAACCUUGUCAUGUCUAACAAGGUUGAUUCAAGUGACUCAAAGGACAAAGUGCUGGUGUUCUUCAAGCUGCGACCAGAUGUUAUAACAGAAGACAAUCUUCACAGUAAUGUUCUGGUGUCCUCAAUGUUGGAUUCCCCCAUUAACACACUGUAUCAAGCUGUGCAUCAGGUGUUUGCACCAAUACUUUUAAAGGAUGAAAAAUGGAGUAAGAAUUUUGACCCAAAACUUCAAAACCUAUUGAGUGAACUUGAAGCAGGGCUGGGCUCUGUUGUAAGGAGAUCCGACCUACAUUUUACUGGAAAGAAAUUUGGCAAAGAAGAUGAUAUUUUGGGGAUUUUAACACCGUGUGAUGAAUUUCAGUUUUGGGCAGAGCUUGCACAAGUUGCAGGCAAGUCCAGCAACAAGGAGAGAGCUGCCCAUUUUAACGAUCUGUUUGAACCCAUAGUAAAGGAUUAUCGAGGUCUGGAGAGCCUAUCCUUGGCUGAUGCUGUGGAGUUGGUUGACACCACACGAGACGCAUUAGAUGAUGUGUGGAGACAAACUGAGCAUGAUCCUUACCCAGAGACACGCAUGCAGCAUUUAAUGGAUGUGAUAGGUGCUGCCCUGGGUAGAUAUGUCCAGAAGAAGCUGGGUCCAGUGAAACUCUGGGAAGACCCAUUUCACACUGUAAAAGAGAAACUCCGGGCUGGCAUUUCUGUUUGUGAGCAAUGGGUGGGAGCCUGUGACUAUCUGACUGGACAACUGUGGCGACGCUAUACACCCCACCAGUGGCAGAACAACAAAUAUUCCCCAGAACAUCUGGAGAACUUGAUUAAACGCCUGGAAGAGGUUCUGACAGUUCGCACAGUGCAUGAAAAGCUUACUCGUCUUUUGCCUCAAGGUAACCAACAAGCACUUUCAGUGGCACAUGUGUUUGAACCAUUUGCAGGUCUUAAUCCGCUGCACUAUAACCCCUACACAGAGCCCUUGUGGAAAGCUGCAGUAUCACAGUAUGAACGGGCCAUUGCACCUGCUGAGAUGAAAAUUGCAAGCAAGUUGAAAGCCUGCAUUCUUGAAGUCCAGGACAACCCCCAUCAGCUACUUCAAGCCUUUCAAAAGUAUAAGGAACUUAUCAAACGACCAAGCAUUAGUAAGGAUCUGCUUUCUGAAAGGGAAUUGUUACUGGCGAGACUUCUAGACUAUGCCAAAGGUAUUCGUACAGACUUUGAAAAUCGAUGUCAUGGUGUCCCUGGAGAAAAAUCUGGACCACUAGCAGGCAGAAAUCUCCCUGAAGUUGUCAAUAAUAUUGUUUGGGUACGACAACUGGUACUAAAGGUUGAUGAUUCAGUUAAAAUAGCUGGAGACCUGCUUGCAGAUCUGUCGUUAUUCCGCUCAUUUGUAAAGGUUUCAGAUGACCUGCAGGAGCAGCUCCAGGCUUACGAACAGGAUCAGUUUGAUGACUGGUCAAGAGACAUCCAAUCAGGACUGUCAGAUCCCAAAUCUGGCAUCAGUCUUCAAGCCAGCAGUCGUGUAAUGGAGUUGGAUCACACAGAUGGGAAGUUAAAAAUCCAAUAUUCAGACCGCUUGGUGAUGCUUCUGAGAGAAGUGAGGCAACUCUCUGCACUGGGAUUUGCUAUUCCUGCUAAAAUCCAACAGGCAUCCAAUUCAGCAGAUAAAUUUUACAGACAAGCAAUUAUUCUUAAACAGGUUGCCCAUUUUUACAAUACAAUUGAUCAGCAGAUGAUUCCAAGUCAGAGACCAAUGAUGUUGAAUUAUGCCUUGGCUUUUGAAAAAAUCAUUAAGAAUCCAAAAGCUGUCUCCAAGGAAUCUGGAGGAAAGGUGCAAAUAACCUGGGAUAAUCCCAAAGAACUGGAGGGUUAUAUUAAAACACUACAAACUGCAGCUGAACGUCUUUCUACUGAGAACAGGAAACUGAGGAAGUGGCAUACAGACUUCAGUGAAAAGGUAAUAACAAUGAUGAGUGUUGAUUUACUUCGACAACAGCAACGGUGGAAAGAUGGUCUUCAAGAGCUGAGGACUGGUUUUGCAAGUCUAGAGUCGCAGGGUUUUCGCUCAAGUGACAUGAAAGCAUGGAGGCAGCAUUGGAACCAUCAGCUAUACAAAGCAUUAGAGCAUCAAUAUCAAGUGGGCUUAGAGGCACUAAAUGAGAAUCUGCCAGAAAUAAACAUUGACUUAACCUUUAAACAGGGAAGGCUGCAAUUUAAGCCUCCGUUUGAAGAAGUCCGUGCGAAAUACUUCAGAGAAAUGAAGAGGUUUAUCUCCAUUCCCAAUCUGUUCAAGGGAGUGAGUGAACCGGGAGAACCGCUGAUUUUUACUGUCAUGAUUGACAGAAAUGCAAAUGGAUUUGUCACUAUUUUCAGUAAAGCAGAAGAUCUUUUCAAGAGACUGGCAGCAGUUAUGGAUACAUUUAAGGAAUGGGUUGUCUUUGGACAAGUGGAUAUUGAUGCAUUAGUGGAGAAACAUCUUCACACUGUCCAGGACUGGGAAAGGAAUUUUAAGGCUUUGAAAACCAGAGGGAAAGAGUCAGAAAGAUUGCCGAGCACAGCGAAGGUGGAUUGUAUAUCAAUUAACUGCAAUCCUGUGAAAGCUGUGAUUGAUGACUUAAUUCAGAGGCUGUUUGAUGCUCUUCUCCUGUCUUUGAGGAAAUCUAUUCAAGCCAAUAUACAAGACAUUGACACCUUUGUCACAGAAGCAAUGGAAACCUUGUCAACCAGACCUCAAACAGUAGAUGAAAUUGGAGAGGCCAAUGCCAAGCACGGAGAGCUGCAAACUAAGAAGCCUGAAAUUGUACCAUUGUUUCAAGAGGCUGAAAAUAAAAACCGUCUCCUGCGGUCAGUGGCAGGUGGAGGUCUUGAAGCUAUCAGUGCUCUCAGAGCCAGAUGGGAUAAAUUUGAAUUAAUGAUGGAGAGUCAUCAGCUUAUGAUCAAAGAGCAGGUUGAGGUGAUGAAGUCAAAUGUUGAAUCUCGUAUAAAGAUGUACGAACAAGAGUUGGAAAAGUUUAAAGCCCGUUGGGAUCAAUUAAAGCCUAAUGAUGACAUCAUUGAAACUGGUAACUUGGAAGCCCUUCAGAAGUGUGUCCAGACCAUAAAGGAGAAAAAGGCUGAGUUUGGGGAACUUGAAAACACAAAGAAAAAGCUAAUUGAAGACUGUCAUCAUUUUGAAUUGGAACAGCCUGACUUUGCCCUAGCUGACAGCAUUCUCAGAGACAUUGAGGACUUUUCAGUGACCUGGUCACUGUAUGAAGAAUUCCAGGAAGGAUUUCUGGGGAUGACAAAGGAAGACUGGAUCACUUUCAGGAGCAAGACCUAUCUCUUUGAAGAGUUCCUUUUCAUGUGGCAUGAGAGACUAAGAAAACAAGAGGAACACACAACGAUGACUGUAAAACUUCAGGAUGAGAUUGACAAAUACAAAACGGUGGUUCCUGUGUUGAAGUAUGUCCGGGGAGAGCAGCUUUCUCAGGACCACUGGCUGGACCUCUUCCGUAUCCUGGGUCUCCCCAGAGGCACCACUCUGGAGAAGCUUGUGUUUGGGGACCUGCUCCGAGUGGCAGAUACAAUUGUUGCAAAGGCUACAGAACUCAAAGACCUGAAUAGCCGAGCGCAGGCUGAAGUCACCAUUCGAGAGGCCCUGCGUGAACUCGACCUGUGGGGAGUUGGUGCUGUGUUCACCCUAACUGACUAUGAGGACAGCCAGAACAAAACUAUAAAAUUGAUCAAGGACUGGAAGGAUAUUGUAAACCAAGUUGGGGAUAAUCGCUGUCUUCUUCAGUCAUUGAAAGACUCGCCGUAUUACAAAGGCUUUGAGGACAAGGUAUAUAUAUGGGAGACAAAGCUGGCUGAACUGGAUGAAUACCUGCACAAUUUGAACCAGAUACAGAGGAAGUGGGUGUAUCUGGAACCCAUUUUUGGUCGUGGAGCACUGCCUAGGGAGCAGGCACGCUUCAAGAGAGUGGAUGAGGAUUUCAGAGCAAUAAUGGCAGAUGUUCACAGGGACAGCAGAGUUACAUCACUUAAUGCAAGAGCAGGAAUCAGACAUUCUCUUAUCACUAUACUGGAUCAACUUCAACGGUGCCAGAAAUCUUUGAAUGAAUUUUUGGAGGAGAAACGUUCUGCUUUCCCACGGUUUUAUUUCAUUGGAGAUGAUGACUUGUUGGAGAUCCUUGGACAAGCCACCAACCCAACUGUCAUUCAAUCUCACCUAAAGAAACUUUUUGCAGGUAUCAACACUGUGGAUUUCGAUGAAGAAUUUCAGCAUAUUACUGCUAUGAAAUCUCUAGAGGGUGAAGUUGUGUCUUUGAAAAAUAAGAUUCGCAUUUCAAAUGAUGUUGAGGUCUGGCUGAGCGAUUUAGCUUCUGAAAUGAAAGAAACGCUGAAACAACUGCUGUUCGAUUGUGUUACUGCUGGGAGAAGAUCAGGCAUUGAUCCUUCGCUCUUUCCAUCUCAGAUUCUGUGUUUAGCUGAACAGAUUCAGUUUACAGAAGAUGUUGAAAAUGCUAUUCAAGUUCAUAAGCUUCAGCAACUGGAGGUGGACUUGAUGGCUAAACUAGACCAUUAUACUGGCGUGGAUACCAGAAAUGAGGAUUCAGGGCAAACUGAUGUUAGUGUUUUGCAGCUAAAAUUAAAAGCCCUUAUCCUUGACAUCAUCCAUAAUAUUGAUAUUGUGAAGCAGCUUCAAAAAGCAGAGAUAAGCAGUAAGGAGGACUGGGCUUGGAAGAAGCAGCUGCGAUUCUAUAUGAAGCAAGACAAGAAAUGCUAUAUUCAGAUGGUUGAUGCGGAAUUCCAUUAUACAUAUGAAUACCAGGGUAAUGCGGGCAAGCUGGUUCACACUCCCUUGACUGAUAAGUGUUAUCUCACUCUGACACAAGCCAUGAAGAUGGGGUUAGGAGGAAAUCCCUACGGGCCAGCGGGGACUGGCAAGACUGAGUCUGUAAAGGCUCUUGGUGGACUGUUUGGAAGACAGGUUCUUGUUUUUAAUUGUGAUGAGGGUAUUGAUGUUAAGUCUAUGGGACGCAUAUUUGUUGGUUUGGUGAAGUGUGGUGCCUGGGGUUGCUUUGACGAAUUCAAUCGGCUGGAGGAGGCUGUGCUGUCAGCUGUUUCCAUGCAAAUCCAGGCUAUUCAGAACUCCCUGAAAAAUCAAAGAAAUGCUUGUGAACUUCUUGGGAAAGAGGUGGAGCUGGAUCCCAACUCUGGUAUUUUCAUAACCCUGAACCCUGCAGGGAAGGGCUAUGGUGGAAGACAGAAACUACCUGAUAAUCUGAAACAGCUUUUCAGACCUGUGGCGAUGUCUCGCCCUGACAACGAACUCAUCGCAGAAGUCAUUCUGUACUCCGAGGGCUUCAAAGACGGCAAGAUUUUAGGCAGAAAAUUAGUCGCCAUCUUUAAUCUUUCUCGAGAGCUUUUAACCCCUCAGCAGCAUUAUGAUUGGGGUUUGAGAGCCCUGAAAACUGUCCUCCGGGGUUGUGGAAGCCUUCUGCAGCAGCUGAAAAAAAACGAGAACAAAAAGACAAUAAAGGAAAGUCACAUUGUGGUGCAGGCUUUGCGUCUAAACACCAUGUCGAAGCUGACGUUUACAGACUGCUCUCGAUUUGAUGCCUUGGUUAGAGAUGUUUUCCCUGGGGUUGACUUUAACGAUGUGGAAUAUAAAGAGUUAACUACAGCCUUACAGGCUGUGUUUGAAGAGGCAAAGUUAGAAAUAAUACCAAGCCAGAUGAAGAAGGCUCUUGAACUUUAUGAGCAGUUACGUCAGAGAAUGGGAGUGGUGAUUGUGGGCCCAAGUGGUGCCGGGAAGUCCACGCUGUGGCGCAUGCUGAAGGCAGCGCUAGGCAAGAAUGACAAAGUGGUGAAACAAUACACUAUGAACCCCAAAGCCAUGCCCAGGCAGCAACUUCUGGGCCACAUUGACAUGGACACUAGGGAGUGGUCGGAUGGAGUCCUGACUAACAGUGCAAGACAGGUGGUGCGGGAGCCACAGGAGGUGAGCUCCUGGAUAAUCUGUGAUGGCGAUAUUGACCCGGAAUGGGUUGAGUCCCUGAACUCAGUCCUGGAUGACAACAGGCUGCUCACUAUGCCCAGCGGGGAGAGAAUUCAGUUUGGUCCCAAUGUUAACUUUGUGUUUGAAACACAUGACCUUAGCUGUGCCUCUCCUGCCACCAUAUCUAGAAUGGGAAUGAUCUUUCUGAGGUAAUAUACAGUAAAUAUUUCAUUUUGUAGUUAAACAGGAC